AUGAUUGCUCAAAGCUCCCUUCACUCAGCUCAAUUAGGGAUUAUGUGUGGUUUCAUUAUAGCCACAACUAUUUGUUUAGGUGCUGAGACCUCCAAGAUUUUGUGCACAGAGAAGGAAAGACAAUCUCUUCUCAAGUUUAAACAAGGCCUAGUUGAUGAGUCAAAGGUUCUCUCCUCUUGGGAAAGCCAAAAAGAUUGUUGUAAAUGGAGGGGAAUCAAAUGCCACAAUCAAACUGGCCGUGUGAUCAUGCUUGAUCUCAGUCAUAACAUUUCUGAUGUCUUCUCUGUUGAGCAACCCCUGGCAGGUGAGAUCAACCCUUCAAUACUUGAACUGAGAGAACUGAAUUAUUUGGAUCUCAGUUUCAACAUCUUUAAUGGACUCAAAGUUCCAAGCUUUAUGGGUUCUUUUCAACAAUUGAAACACCUCAAACUUGCAAGUGUUGGUUUUGUUGGUCCCAUUCCCCACCAGCUAGGAAAUCUCACAGGUUUGCAUACUCUUGACCUUUCAAUGAACUACCUUCUAACAGUCAAUGAUCUUGAUUGGUUGACUCGUCUUUCUUCUUUGAGAUAUCUUAAUCUCUCAAGUCUAAAUCUUUCUGAAAUUGUCAAUUGGUCACUAUCUAUGAGCAAGCUUCCUUCUCUUAUAGAGCUUCAACUAUCUUCAACUAGUCUUCCUGAUCUCAAUCUCAGUUCACUUCCCCUGAAUAAUUUUUCCAACUCACUCGAAAUUCUCAAUCUUUCUGCUAACCAUCUAAGUCCUUCAAUAUUUUCCUGGAUUUCCAAUAUCAGCAACAAACUUGUUCAUAUUGGAUUAAUGGCAUGCCAGUUACAGGGUCCAAUCCCAGAUGUUUUUACAAAUAUGGCUUCUCUUGUAUCUUUGGACCUUUCAUAUAAUCAACUCGAAGGCGGGUUACCAAAAUCUUUUAGAAACAUGUGUAGCUUGGAAUCAUUGAUUCUUGAGUCAAACAAAUUUUCUGGUAGACUUUAUGAUUCUAUUAAAAACUUGUCAUGUGCUGAAGAGACCAUGAAGUACCUACACCUAAGUGGCAAUCCCUUUUGGGGGCCAUUUCCUGAUCUCACAAAAUUUUCAUCUUUGAUAGAACUGUUCAUAGAUGGUACCAAUAUGAGUGGCCCUCUCCCCAAUAAUCUUAGCCAGUUUUCCAAGCUAAAUUCUUUGAGCCUAGUCCAUAAUCAGUUAAGUGGGUCAUUACCAGAUUUUACAGGACUUUCUUCUAUUAGAUUGCUAUUUCUUGAUAACAAUAAGUUGAAUGGAUCUGUACCUGAGAGUAUUGGGAAGCUUUCUAGCCUUGAAAUGUUGUUUCUUUCUUCAAAUUCCUUGAGUGGAGUCUUAACUGAAGCCCAUUUCUUGAACCUCUCUCACUUGAACUCUUUGGAUAUUUCUCAUAAUCCUUUGUCUUUGAACCUUGGUUCAGAUUGGAUUCCACCUUUUCAACUUGAAUCAUUAAACAUGGAGUCUUGCAAAGUGGGCCCUGCAUUUCCAAAAUGGCUUCAAACACAGAAGAAACUUCAUUCACUUCAUAUGCCAAGUGCCAGAAUUUCAGAUUCAAUACCUGUAUGGUUUUGGAAUCUUUCAACUACCUUAACUGAGUUGAACCUCUCUUACAACCAAAUUCAUGGGCAAUUACCAAAUCUAUCUCCAAAGAAAAAGAACUAUUUUUCAUUGGAUCUGAGCUAUAACAAUUUAAGUGGUCCAUUUCCAUUACUUCCUAGUGCAACUGACUUGAUUCUCUCCAACAACAUGUUCUCAGGACCUCUUUCCUCCUUGUGUGAAAGACCAGCUCUACAAUUGUCUCGUCUCGACCUUUCGAAUAACCAACUAUCCGGGGAACUUCCCAGUUGUUGGAUACAUUAUGAAACAUUGCUCUUCUUGAAUCUAGCAAAGAAUAAUUUCUCAGGAAACAUACCAUUAUCCUUAAGUCAUCUAAAAUACUUGAUGUUGUUACGGUUGCAUGAUAACAACUUAUCAGGAGAAAUGCCUGCUUUGGAGAACUGUAAAGAGUUGAGAGUUGUUGACCUUGGAAGGAAUAAGUUAACUGACCUCUCUGAUAACAAGAUAUCUGGGUUCUUGCCAGAAUGCCUUAACAAUAUAACAGCCAUGUCUUAUGAUGUGACUGAUAAUACCAUCCUUGGCCUUGUCCAAGUGGUCUGGAAAGGCAUAGAGAUUGAGUUUGGACAAAAUCUCAAACAUCUUAGAAGCAUUGAUAUCUCAAGCAACAACUUGGGUGGUAAGAUUCCUGAAACGUUCACUAGUCUCUUGAAAAUGGUUUCUUUGAACCUGUCAAGGAAUCACUUGACAGGAAUCAUUCCUGGAAACUUUGACAAGUUGAGCUCUAAUUUAGAGUCUCUAGACUUGUCAAGAAACUGGCUAACUGGUACUAUUCCAGCAAGCUUUUCAAGUUUGAAUUUUCUGAGCUACUUGGACUUGUCCUACAACAACCUGAGUGGUAGAAUCCCAAAAAGCACCCAACUUCAGAGCUUUGACGCUUCUUCAUAUGUGGGAAACCUCCAACUCUGUGGACAACCUCUCACAGAAGAUUGCCCAGGAGAUGAAAUAGACCAAGAUCCUGGUGCCCAUAAUGGGAGUGAAGAUGACAAAGAUGAAGGAGAAGGUAAAGGGAUAUUAAGCUUCGGGUUUUUUGUUAGUAUAGGGACAGGAUACUUCAUGGGAUUUUGGGGAGUGUGUGGAACUUUUCUACUCAAAAGUUCUUGGAGAUAUGCUUAUUUUCGUUUUUUGGAUGAUACAAGAGAUUGGGUGUACAAAAGAAUCAGAACUGUUCAAGCCAAGAUUACAGAGCUUAGACGCUAA